AAGCAUCAGCCGAGAGGGUUCCCGAGGAAGAAGAGGAGGAGGAGGAGGAACAACAGCUGAGAAAGAAAGGCGUGGUGGAAGUAGUUCCCCUUUAGCUGGAGGAGGAAAGGGAGGUGGUGGCUGCGGCUGCUGUCCAGCUGGUCUGCCUUUGAGCUUUUUCAGUCUGACUGCAAGCAGCCUUUCUUGGUGAGGUUGGACCAGCUUUCCACACAGCCUGGCAUUGAAAAAGUCCCUAAAGGCAGGGCCUUUCGAGGGGCAGGAAGACCCUUGCCAUGGCCUUCACCAUGCUCAGACCCAUGGCUGCCCAUGUCCUGUACCCAGACCUCAGCCUACUGUCAGAGGAGGAUGAGGAGAACCAGAGCGAAAGUGAUGCCUCGGACCGGUCCUACGGUUGCUGCGAAGGCCGCCGGAAGGGGUCCCGGAAACCUGGCCAAGUGGUAGUGGUCAAGCAGAGACAGGCGGCCAAUGCCCGAGAGAGGGACCGGACCCAGAGUGUCAACACAGCCUUCACGGCUCUCCGGACCCUCAUCCCCACCGAGCCGGUCGACAGGAAGCUGUCCAAAAUUGAGACCCUGCGCCUGGCCUCCAGCUAUAUUUCCCACUUGGCCAACGUCUUGCUCCUGGGCGAAGGGUGUGAAGAUGGGCAGCCUUGCUUCAGUGCCAUCUACAGUGCGAAGGGGGAGAUGGAGGCCAAACAGCCAAGGAGUAUUUGCACGUUCUGUCUAAGCAACCAGAGGAAGGGGAACAGUCGUCGAGACCUUGGUGGAAGCAACUGCUUGAAGGUGAGAGGGGUGAACCACCUCAAGGUGCUACAGAGAUGAGCAAAGAUUGAGACCGACGUCUGUCCUAGAAGCCUAACCAAGGUGGGAUUCGCACCUUGGACAGCUGUCUUCUAACCUUUUCGACAAGGGCAGGGGUGGGGUGGGGAUCAUGGUUCGAGAUGGGAAAACUCCAGGAUGAAGGGAAAAGCCCCACUUUGUGGAGCCUGGGAAGACACAAGAUGGGUUGGGAGAUGCCCACCACCACCGAGAUCAGGAUGGAGAAAUUGGGACUGCCAAGAAGGGACAACUGGGCUGUUCUUUGGACUUUGGAUCAUUUCUCAGGGAAAUUUGUCCUCCUCUGGUGUCAGAGACUCUGGCCUGAGAAGUGCAUCCCAAACUUGCGACUGAGGUUUCGGUGCAAGUGGUGGCAGAUGGAUCUCUCGCCUCUUUUUCAAAAAGGACAAAGUGGAUGUAUAGAGCUUUAUUGAGACUGGGUGCUUUUGCUGGUCUGUGUGAUCAUGUUGUUGUACUUAUAGUUCUUUCCCUG